ACUUAGACUAUAAUGGUCAUUUCCUGUACACAAUUCAGUUGAUGAGGCGCUGCUAUCGGCGUUUGCUUUAACCAAAUUCUCUGUAAACGAACUCCACAGCAGGACUGAGUGCUUUGCGAAUAGUACUAAAGAUUUAUAUUCUGUUUUAUCCAUAGAAGGUGCUAUACCAGUUUGGUGUGGUCUCUAUUCUUCUCAUGUAUCACGAUGCAAUCCGAUUGAAUGUUGUUGUAUUAAUGGACAAGUUAAAGUAACAAAUCCAACAGCUUCAGAAACCGAUUUUGAAUUUCAAUUUGCCGGUGUUUGUCCGCCAAAUGUUAAUCUCAAUAUAAAGAUUACAUUACCACGGGUAACAACAAGUACAACAAUAGUUAAUAUAUUUGGUGCACAAAUUAAAUUAACAUUAAGUGCAGAUGGAUAUACAAUAACAUCAGAUGGACCUAAUCCAAAAUGUAACGAAUAUUUAAUAAGAUUAGCUUAG